AAAGGCCAGGGGGCGCGCGACUGCGGAGGGAGCUCAGGCGGCCCCAAAGCCAUGCGUUCUGUCUCUCUCUGAGAUGGAUCACAGAGACACAGACUUAUAUGAAGACUACCAGUCCCCGUUUGAUUUCAAUGCAGGAGUGAACAAAAACUACCUCUACCUGUCCCCUAGUGGGAAUUCGUCUCCACCUGGAUCACCUACUCAGAAACUUGGUUUGCUGAGGACAGACCCAGUACCCGAGGAAGGAGAAGAUGCUGCAGCCACACUCAGCGCCACCGAGGCGCUCUCGGAAGAGGAGCAGGAUGAGCUGAGAAGAGAGCUGGCAAAGGUGGAAGAAGAAAUCCAAACUCUGUCUCAAGUGUUAGCAGCAAAAGAGAAGCAUCUGGCAGAGAUCAAGCGGAAACUUGGGAUCGGGUCACUUCAGGAGCUAAAGCAGAAUAUUGCCAAAGGGUGGCAGGAUGUGACAGCCACGUCCGCAUACAGGAAGACCUCUGAAACCUUAUCUCAGGCUGGACAGAAGGCUUCAGCGGCCUUUUCAUCUGUUGGCUCUGUCAUCACCAAAAAGCUGGAAGACGUAAAAUUGCAGGCCUUUUCGCAUUCCUUUAGUAUACGAUCCAUUCAACAUUCAAUUAGCAUGCCUGCUAUGAGAAACUCCCCGACUUUCAAGUCAUUUGAAGAAAAGGUUGAAAACUUAAAGUCUAAAGUAGGGGGAACCAAGCCUGCUGGCAGUGAUUUUGGAGAAGUCUUGAAUUCAACUGCAAAUGCUAGUGCCACCGACACGGAGCCGCCCACAGAGCAGACACAGGAGAGCCUGUGAGAUCGCUACCUUUGUUCCACUACCCACUGCCAGAUGCUGCACGCAAGAUCCAAGCACAUCUUGUCAACAGUCAUUGCUGUGGAUUUCUACCAGAUGUGCUUUUAUUUAGCUUUACAUAUUUCUUUGACCAAAUAGUUUGUGAGUUAAACAAAUGAAAACGUCUUCACUUGCACUCCCAGGAAACACCUUGAAUGUGCAUUCAGGGCCCUUUAUUUAGGGAAAUACUAUUAUUCAGACACAGGUAGUACCUGCAGACACUUGCUAGAAUGAUCGGAGAAGCUGCAGGUGAUCACAGUUGCUUUCCUACUUUACAAAAUUGCUCUGCAUCUGAGAUGCUACUUGGAUCUUUGUUUUCUAGAUGAUUUUUUUUCUCCUUUGACUCUGUAUAUUUGAUUCCUAACUCAAAUUAUUCUUUUAAAUUUUCUGAGUCCUGGUUAUUAAAAAGUUUUUGUGCCAUUUUAUUUACAUUUAAGGGAACAACUUAACAGUUACAAAAAUUUUGUUUUUGAAUAUAAACACUGUUUUUGUAUAAAGUACAUAUCUUGGGUGUGUGAAGAUGCCAGACUAAAGUAAACAGCUUUAAAUCCAAUUUGUUAUAGUUGUGUGACAGUAUAUAUAGUAAUUCCAACUACUGGGUGACUUGGGAGUAGGACCUCCUCAUAUCUAUAACUGCCAUUUGUGACUAAAACCAUUUCAGCAUAUUUGUUAUUUUGCCACUUUAUCAACUUUUGACAAUAUUAAAAUUUUAAUUUCAGAGUAAAUGAACAGUUGACCAAAUAACAGAGUCAAGCCUAUCAGGUUGAAAUAUAGGUGUGCUCAUCAAUGUUCAGUUCAAACACCUGAAGUGUUUUAGGCCUUGAUAGCUGUAAACAUGGUAAGCUCAAUCACAUAAGGGGAAGCAAUGCUGUCUCCAUUUAAUCCAUUUAGCAACUUUAAAAAUAAGCACACAGUUAUGACUGAUAUAACUUGAACAUUUUUCUACUAAGGUGUUGGUGAUAACUCUUGAGGGUGUAAUUUAUUAACAAAAAUGAAUUCCUCAUUCUCUACUUGUUUGCAAUGUUAGAAGUGAUACUGUAGACACUGCUCCUACUUUGAAAGCU